UAACCGGAAAUUGCGUCUUACGAAUGUUAAUUCUUCUUCCGGUUCAAAGACGGCGCGAAGAAUUCGAGCCUUUUGAAUCCGCCGCUCGUCUAUUACUUAAUUACUCGAGAAAACACCAGAAGCGCUUCUGCAAAGUUCGUUUUGCAGAAAUGGAAAACGACAGAAUGGAUGCGAGGGACCAAAACCAUGGGGUUGUUUUGGAAGUGCAUGUUAAAUCCCAAAGCACAGCUAAACUAUCUGAAGUGAGGACGCAUGUCAUGGCAAUGCUUAGUGGCAACAGCACAGUAUUUGGAAACCACAAGUGGUCGAAGUUUGAUGAAAGCUUCCUAAGCACUCAUGUAGAAUCUGUCGCCGUAGUGGACCGGGAGGACAUGCCAUCACAAGCCAUCGAUUUGACGAAGAGCCAGGUUUCCAUUCACAUUUUCACUCUUAAUGAGGAUGGGCCCAGUACGCUUUGUUUGGAGGAGGAUGAGGAGCUCUCAGCAGCUAAUCACUGGUUGCUUCCAGCAGCUGAUUUCCAUGGACUUUGGGAGAGUCUGGUGUAUGACAGUGGGGUAAAAACUCAGUUACUGGAUUAUGUCACAACAACAAUUUACUUCUCUGACAAGAACGUUGACAGUAGCCUGAUUUCAUGGAAUCGUGUUGUGCUGCUGCAUGGCCCCCCAGGCACCGGUAAAACAUCCUUGUGCAAAGCCCUUGCCCAGAAGCUGUCAAUCAGACUGUCAAAUCGGUACACGUAUGCACAAUUUGUGGAAAUAAACAGCCACAGCUUAUUCUCGAAGUACUUCUCUGAGAGCGGCAAACUGGUCACAAAAAUGUUUCAGAAGAUUCAGCAUCUUAUUGAUGACAAAGAUGCUCUUGUGUUUGUUCUCAUCGAUGAGGUGGAGAGUCUGACAGCAGCAAGGAACGCCAGCCAGGCGGGAACAGAGCCAUCCGACUCUUUCCGCGCGGUCAACGCUGUCCUCACUCAGCUGGACCAAAUCAAACAACAUUCCAACGUAGUGAUCUUGACUACCUCCAAUGUGACAGAAAAGAUCGAUUUGGCCUUUGUGGAUAGAGCGGACAUUAAACAGUACAUCGGACUGCCGUCUGAAAAGGGCAUUUACAAUAUAUUUCUUUCUUGCCUUGAGGAGCUCAUGAAGUGCCAAAUCAUUUACCCACGGCAGCCACUUUUCACGAUCUUUGAGCUUGAGACGAUGGGAUUUGCAAAGAGUGAAGUCUCUGAACAUAGUCUGAUGCUUAGGAACAUCGCCCUAAAAAGCAAAGGUCUGAGUGGAAGGGCCCUGAGGAAAUUACCCUUUCUUGCUCAUGCACUCUUCGUUAAGGCACACAGAGUGACUCUGGAAACAUUUCUAAGGGCCAUGGACCAGGCAGUGGAUAAGCAGAAGGAGGAAAUAUCUAACCUAGUGAAUGUUGUAUGACCUGUAUGAUUUGUAGCCUAAAUACGUCAGCUGUUUAUAUGAGCCGUAGUUUGCACUAAUUGGUUCAGCCUCACAAAGUUAAUGUUCUAACUGUUUCUGUUUCUAAUAUUUGCUGCUAUAGUUCAAAUUGUUUCUGUCCCAGUUGGGAUGAGUUUAAUAUCCCAAAGUCUGCCUGCAGUGAACAAGCGUGUCUUCAGUUCAUGGCUGAAUUUUGUUGCAGCAGCAGCGUAACCGAAAUUUAGAGUAGCGAGCCCAGGCUAAUGUUGUCAUCUGUGUAAAAAAAAACACUUAUGCGUCAUUAAUGAAAAAUAGUACAGCAGUAAUCAAAUGUGCUCUUUUGUGCUGCUUGAAGUAUGCAAUUUAAGAAACAGCCAUACCUUGGCUCUGUACGCCGAUGACUUCCUGUGAACUGUUUUAUCUUAUGCAUCCUUUUAAUUGCAACUUUGACCACAAUUGUUUAAUUUGUUUGAAUGUUCAUACGGAUCGUUCAGCUCUUUCCUAACAUGACUCAUUGACUGCCAUUGACGGCAAUAGACCUGGAGGGAUCACUACAAACCCUCCACUCCAAAUAAAUUGGACGUGUAUCGCCGUCAUUGGCACUGAAAUGGGAUCGUUUACUGCCUGCCCUCCCAGUUAAAAUGGACGCCAAUGUUUUUGUCUGUGUUUAAAAAAAGGGACAUGAUCCAUAUUUAUAGCAACAGAUGAUAUUUGCACUCUUUCAGUGUAUAUUACCAAAAUAAACUAUUGGAAUACUA